CGCCGAACCAUGUCCUCGCAAAAUUAUUGUGUUCGAGGAAAACCUUCUGCAACUUGUCAAGUCUUGCAGGAAAUGCCACCUCCCUGCAAAGUCAUCACUAGAGGUUUUUGGCUCUCUUGCUGUGGUGACAUCAACAUGCCAAGAUGGCCAUGUUUUGAGCUGGCACAGCCAGCCAAAGAUGAAACGCUUUGCCAUGGGCAAUGUUGCUUUGGCUGCUGCAAUUUUAUUUACUGGCUCAAGUCCAACGCAAGUCCUGCGGCUUUUCCAAAGUGCUGGCAUCGCAUGCUUCAGUAAGCGUACAUAUGACCGCCUACAGAGGGACAUUAUGAUUCCUGCUGUGCACCAGCUGUGGGAACGUGAACAACAGUCUCUCUUAAGCUGUCUAAGCAGCACGGGUGCCCAACUCGCAGGUGACAGCCGUGCAGAUUCACCAGGCUACAGUGCAAAGUAUGGAACGUACUCGUUGCUGGACACUUCACUGAACCGUAUAAUUGACAUGCAGCUUGUGCAGUCAAACGAAGUUACCAGCAGUGGUGCAAUGGAAUUAGAAGGACUGAAGAGGGCACUAAAGGGCCUUGAGGACCAGAAAGUUUGCGUGCGUGAGCUUGUGACGGAUAGGCACACCCAGGUGCGCAAUCACAUGAGACAAAAUCGGCCUGAUAUUGCCCACCUCAUUGAUGCUUGGCAUGUUGCCAAAGGGCUGAAAAAGAAGCUGCAGGCUGUCUCCCGGUCACGGGGCUGCGGUGUGAUUGAGAAGUGGGAGACCUCCAUCAUUAACCACUUCUACUUUUCGGUUAGGAUAGCUGCAGCAAGACUGAUGACCGCUGAAAGAAGAGGCGAGCUCGCGGUAGCCAUCUGGCUGUCGCUCCUCAACCACAUUCAGAACAAGCACUGUGGCCACAGCAAGGAAUAUGCCAACUGCGAGCAUGGGGACCUCUUGCCUAGAAAGUGGAUUUUUCCAGGUACUGAUGCCUUUGACAAACUGCGCGGCAUAGUGGAAAAUAAUCGCCUGCUUCUAGACAUCAAGCAGGUGUCACCAUCAUUCCAAACAUCAAGUUUGGAAUCCUUCCAUUCUGUCCUGAACCGGUUUGCUCCAAAGAGCUUCACAUUUUCUUUUCAUGGGAUGCUGGCAAGGUCAAAACUGGCUGCUUUGCAAUAUAAUGAAAAUGCGGACAGGGUGCAACACAGAACUACUGUGGGCAAGCGGCAGUGGGCAGUGAAGUACCCAAAAGCAAGAAAAGGCAAGCCAGUGGCAUGCCCAGUCAAAGAGCCUGCAACUUUUGGUUAUGUUGGGCUUCUUCUUGAAAUCGUGAACGAGGUUGUGGACAGUGGCAGUUUCGGUGAUUCGCACGUCACAACUUUGCCUACGCCACCGCCACUUACAAGCUCUUUUGGACCAGUGGACAAGGCUGCGCUAGUGCGGGGUCACCUUUCAAGGUUUGCGUCCAGUGAAGACCGACCUAGGCACACAGAAGACUCGAGUGACGACAGUGCGUGA